GAAAAAAAAAAUUCCAAGCAGACACGGUUUUCGACUGGUUUGUGUUGGGCGUUUUUAUGGUGUUUGCGGGUUUUGCUUUCGAACAUUUUGGGAAAUUUUGCAUUCGACAAUGCGAUAACUCAUUUUGGUUGCGGAACGUACUUUUAAUGUUAUCUGUUUAGUGUUUGCUGUGUUGUUUGGUAUGGCUUUGGGCAACGGGAGCACCCCGAACGGUGGGGUUAGUGAAAAGGCCCCGGUAGUUAAUGGGACUAAUAUGGAAACUCUUCCCAGGACAGGAAAACAGACUGAUCCGAAUACGGCAUUCCUACGGGCAGCCAGGGCAGGACAACUGGAUAAAAUCCAAGAAUAUUUGGACUCAGGAACAGUACGCGAUAUUAACACAUCUAAUGCAAAUGGCUUAAAUGCACUUCACUUAGCAGCUAAGGAUGGGCAUGUAGACAUUGCGAAAGAACUUUUAAAAAGGGGAGCAGUGGUGGAUGCAGCCACUAAGAAGGGCAACACAGCGUUACAUAUCGCUUCACUUGCUGGCCAAGAAGAAGUGGUGAGACUUUUAGUGCAACAGGGUGCAUCUUUGAAUGUCCAAUCCCAAAAUGGGUUCACUCCUCUCUACAUGGCAGCCCAAGAAAAUCACGAUGGGGUUGUUCGAUAUCUUCUAUCCAAGGGGGCGAAUCAGAUUUUGGCUACAGAAGAUGGAUUCACUCCAUUGGCAGUGGCCAUGCAACAGGGCCACGACAAAGUUGUGGCUGUGCUUUUAGAGAACGACACCAGGGGAAAAGUGCGACUUCCCGCCCUCCAUAUAGCUGCUAAAAAAGACGACGUUAAGGCAGCUGCUUUGCUCCUACAGAAUGAGCACAACCCUGAUGUUACAUCGAAAAGUGGCUUUACACCUCUACAUAUUGCCGCUCAUUACGGCAAUGAUAAAGUGGCCUCUUUGCUCUACGAGAAGGGUGCCAAUGUGAACUAUACAGCAAAGCACAACAUCACACCCAUUCACGUGGCCAGCAAAUGGGGUAAAAUUAACAUGGUGACUUUGUUGGUGGCAAAAGGAGCGGAUAUUCAAGCUAAAACGCGGGACGGGCUCACCCCUCUUCACUGUGCCGCCCGGAGUGGACACGAUCAAGUCGUUGACAUGCUUUUGGAAAAUGGUGCACCUAUUCAUGCCAAAACCAAGAAUGGUUUGGCACCACUUCAUAUGGCAGCGCAAGGAGAGCACGUGGAUGCAGCCCGAAUCCUUCUCUACCACGGAGCGCCUGUAGACGAAGUCACUGUAGACUAUCUCACUGCUUUACACGUGGCAGCGCAUUGUGGACACGUGAGGGUUGCUAAGUUGUUGCUAGAGCGCGGUGCCGACGUCAACGCUAGAGCCUUGAAUGGUUUUACACCUUUACAUAUUGCCUGCAAGAAGAACAGGUUGAAGAUGGUGGAGUUACUGAUCAAGCAUGGAGCAAGUAUUGGGGCCACUACCGAGAGCGGUUUGACCCCACUACAUGUGGCCAGUUUUAUGGGAUGUAUGAACAUCGUCAUAUAUCUGCUUCAGCACGAUGCCAGCCCGGAUAUUCCUACCGUGCGAGGCGAGACGCCCCUGCAUUUAGCAGCCAGAGCCAAUCAAACGGAUAUUAUUCGAAUACUUCUGCGAAAUGGGGCGUCAGUGGACGCGAAAGCCCGUGAAGAGCAGACGCCUCUUCACGUCGCCUCGCGAUUGGGCAACGUAGACAUCGUAAUGCUGCUGUUGCAACAUGGUGCUCAACCCGGGGCUACAACCAAAGACUUGUAUACGCCCCUCCAUAUCGCCGCCAAGGAAGGACAGGAGGAAGUUGCUUCUGUUCUUUUGGAUAAUGGCGCGGACCUGACUGCCACUACGAAAAAGGGUUUUACGCCUCUUCACUUGGCGGCUAAAUAUGGUCAUCUGAACGUCGCGCGACUCUUACUACAGCGAGACGCUCCUGCUAACGCUCAAGGUAAAAACGGAGUUACUCCACUUCACGUAGCGGCUCAUUACGAUCAUCAGCCAGUUGCACUACUUCUACUGGACAAGGGCGCUUCGCCUCAUGCUGCUGCCAAAAAUGGCCACACACCUUUGCACAUCGCGGCUCGAAAAAAUCAGAUGGAUAUUGCAACGACACUUUUGGAAUACAGCGCUCAAGCUGAUGCAGAAUCCAAAGCGGGAUUCACACCUUUGCAUUUGAGCGCCCAAGAAGGUCAUUCUGACAUAUCUUCCUUACUAUUAGAGCAUAAAGCCAAUGCCAACCAAACUUCCAAGAACGGUUUGACUCCGCUACAUCUCUGUGCUCAAGAGGAUAGAGCUGCAGUUGCUCAGUUGUUACUACGGGCUGGCGCAAUAAAAGACGCCGAAACGAAGAGUGGAUACACACCGUUACAUGUUGCUUGCCACCAUGGGCAUGUGAAUAUGGUAAGGCUAUUAUUGGAGCAAGGAGCCGAAGUCAAUCCAGUCACAGGGGCGGGAUACACGCCACUGCAUCAGGCCGCUCAACAGGGACAUGUUUUGGUUAUCAGUCUUUUGUUGAAGAAUAAGGCAGAUCCUAAUGCAGUUACGCAAAAUGGGCAAACCGCAUUGGGAAUUGCAAAGAAACUGGGAUACAUCAGCGUGGUCGAAGAGCUGAAGGUUGUGACCGAAACGACCAUAAAUACAACAACCACUUUGAACAUCGAAGAAAAAUAUAAAGUGAUGGCACCGGAAGCGAUGCAGGAAACCUUUAUGUCAGAUUCUGAGGAUGAAGGCGGCGGAGUGGACGAGCCGCCAGUGGUAUUCGGCCGACCCACGCAUGCCCAACAUGUAUAUCUUCCGUAUUACCAGGGACAAAUGAACUAUACACGUGACGAUCCGCUGUUGGGCGAUCAGCAACAGUACAAAUACAUGACUGUCGACGACAUGAAGUCUUUGGGAGACGAUUCCAUGCGAAUGGACGUUACUCACGAUGAGAAAAGCGAAUACAAUCGAAAUUCUCUGGCUCCCUCGCAUAUUAGCAACGAGCUGAUCAUUCAACCGCAACAUGUUAAAGAGUCUUUCUCUCAGCCGGACAAUGUUGACAUCAACAGGCAACCCGUUACCGCCGGUGUCCCCAGUUGGAAAAACUUUUUGGUGUCUUUCCUGGUGGAUGCACGCGGAGGUGCCAUGCGCGGCUGCAGACAUUCAGGAGUCAGAGUAAUUGUACCACCGCGAUGUGCUCACGCCCCUACGCGGGUGACAUGCCGUUACGUUAGAGCGCACAGAGCUCCCCAUCCGCCACCCCUAAUGGAGGGUGAAGCUUUAGCCAGUCGGCUUCUGGAACUGGGACCAGUAGGAGCCAAGUUCUUAGGGCCUGUUAUAAUCGAGGUGCCCCACUUUGCAUCGCUGAAAGGCAAACAUCGCGAAAUUGUGGUGCUGAGAUCGGAAAAUGGAGAGACCUGGAAGGAGCACACUUUGGAAGCCAACGAGGAGGCGAUCCAAGACGUUUUGAACCACAGCUUUGAUGGCGAAGAAUUAAGCCAAUUGGAGGAUCUGCACACGAACCGCAUUACCCGAAUUCUCACCAACGACUUUCCGCAUUAUUUCGCGGUGGUUUCACGAAUAAGACAGGAGAUUCAUGCUGUUGGCCCAGACGGAGGGACCGUUUCCAGUGCUGCUGUACCUUUAGUGCAAGCCGUCUUUCCGGCCAAUGCCUUAACCAAGAAGAUCCGAGUCGGAUUACAGGCCCAAGCAAUCGAGCCGGAAUUGGUUACAAAGCUUUUGGGGCAUGGAGUUGCAGUUUCUCCCAUACUGACUGUCGAGCCAAGAAGACGAAAGUUCCACAAGGCUAUCAUGCUGAGCAUGCCAGCCCCUAAAGCUCACUCUCGAGGCAUGAUCAACCAGUACCAAGGGGUUUCCAGCACCACUUUGAGGCUGCUUUGUUCCAUCACAGAACUUUGUUAAAGACUGCGUGUCUUUUACCACAACAGUGUCCGCUAGAUUUUGGCUUAUGGAUUGCAGAAAUGUGGCCGAUGCAGCCAAAAUGGCCACCGAACUUUACACUCAGGCUGCUCAUGUGCCAUUUAUGGCUAAAUUCGUCGUUUUUGCCAAGAGAGUGAGUCAACUGGAAGCCCGGGUGCGCGUGUUUUGCAUGACCGACGAUAAAGAAGACAAGACACUGGAACACCAAGAGCAUUUUACUGAAGUUGCCAAAAGUCGAGAUAUUGAGAUUUUGGAAGGCAAAGAUAUUUUCAUGGAGUUUGCCGGAAAUUUGGUACCCGUUCUCCAAUCUAACGAUCAGCCAAAGCUGGGAUUCAAAGCUUUCAAGGAGAACCGAUGCGCGUUUAAUAUGAGAUUAAAGGAUCAUGAUGAAGAUGCAGUAGGAAGAAUAAUCUUCAUGGCGGAGCCUAAAGCAGGACGCACUGGAUAUACGACAAGCAAUCCCCUAUGCACUUUGAACCUGAUUUUACCAAAGGACGUUCUACCCGACAGAGACUCGCAAAGCGAUUUGUUAUCCAUUAACAAAGACCACAGCUACUUGCAUCAUGGUGGAAUCAGCAAACCCGAUACGAUCCAUCGGGCUGACUUCCGAUUGUCAGACAUUUGCAAUCUGCUGGACGAGGACUGGGAGAAAUUGGCCCAAGAGUUGGACAUUGCUCCAUCAGAUGUGGAACUGAUCAAAGAAGAAUAUCCCGAAAACCAUCCACAACAAGCCAUGAUCAUGUUCCGUUUGUGGUUGAGGCAAAAAGCCAACAAAGCAACUGGAAAUCAGCUGGAACGAGCGCUUAACAAGAUCGGAAGACAGGAUAUUGUGGACAAGUGCAUCUGCAACGUUGAGAUGGUAACUGAUGACAUGGAGAAGGCCCUGGCCAAGAUUCAUUUGGAUCAGUCAGGCUUUGACUACCUAAAAGAUGAACUUGGGCCUUCUAGAGAUCCAUCAUUGAGGCGAGAUACCCAUCUCGACAAGUCAUACCUGGGCAGCGAUGAGAAGCUGGAACGAAGCGAAAAAAGUGAUGAUAUUCAAAAUGAGAACCUAAACUCGACGAGCAGAGAUGUAGCGGACACCAGCAUUGAUCAAAUUCCGCCCCACAACGAGCAAGUUGUUCUAGACAAUACUCCCAGAACCAACGGCAACCGAGAGGAAAUUCUUGAGCAGAUUACCGAACAGUUUAACACGCUCCAAACAGGAGCACCAUCACAAGCUGUAAACUCUUUCGGGGGAACCCCGCCACCAAGUCCGGCCGAAGUAUUCGAGGACAUUGUCAAUAAAAAUGUCGGGGAAAUUGAGAACCAAAAAGGAAUUUCACCAGAACCAGACGCAGUCCAAGAGCAAGUGAUCUUCUCCUCGACCCCCUUAAAAAAACCUCUAGAACCCACCCCAGAUCCCAUCGAAGUUUUAAAGAGGAACGUCAGCGACACGUUAACUUUUUUGCACCAAGAAAGAAACGAUUUUUUGCCGGAAGAUGAUAUCAUCAUUCCCAGCAGAAAGGACGAUCAUAUUGCUAAUGAAAUCGACUUGGAGUAUAUCAGUUUGAAGACUCCCAAGAAGAAUCAAGAAUUAGCAGCACAGCCUGAGGAAGUACUCGAGCCAUCAGCACCUCCACACGAGGAGGUUGCAAUUGAAGAACCCAAAUCUCUUAUUGAUGAAACACUAACAGUGACUUCAAUCGAAGAAAAGUCCAUUUCAGAACCACUCUUGGUAGAAAAUCACGCGGCUGAGGAUGAAGUAGUAACAAAUAAUUCCCAAGACCAACAGUCUUCACCGUCCGUUAGAAAAGUUCCCGAAAUUUCCUUUCAAGAACACGUUGAAGUAAACUCUUUUGACCAAUCGCCUGCAAAUGCUUUUGAAGAAUCUCUCAGAGAUGUUGCAGAGCAGGAGGUCGAAGAAGUGAUCAGACAGGCAGAAGACGUUGUUAAUGACCUACAGCUAAACGGAGAUGAAUUCCAGGAAAAGGGAAAGGAAAUAAAGUUCACUGUAGAAGAGAGAGCGGACAGUAUUUUAGACGAUAUUAGAACUAAUACGGAGGACUCGUUAGACAACCUAGAGAGCCUAAAAGACGACUCUAUUAGUGCAAUACAGGAGAAAAGCGAAGAGGCUUUUAAGUUUUUGGAAAAUGAAGCAUCCAGCCCGUUGCUUAGUAAAGUGAGCAUGUCGGAAGACGUGUUCAAACCGAGCCUGCUGGACGAUUCUGCGACAUUCAUCCAAAAGGAGGCUGAUCCUGAUUUAAAGAGCGAGGACUCGAAUAUUUCUAUAGAGUCGCAAAGCGGAGACUCUCUCAGUCCAAUAAGCCCUAGGAGCUCGAUACCUCUACCGAAGGCCAGGAAAGGCAAGGACAAGAAGAAAAAGGGAAAAGGCAAAAGUGCGGAAGUUUCAGAAAAACUAGUCACCUUCGAGGUUGAGCCAGUACGCGAAUGUAAAUCUCCGGAAGAGGACGAGCUCUUGAGUAAAAUUCCGAUAAUCAAAGGUACAAAAGUGAAAACAAUCAAAAAACAUUCUAAGGACCCGCUCAAGGAGUUUGCCAACAUUUCCAAAGACUUCGAUUGGGAUAAGGACGAUGAAGAAACCGUCACUACCAAAAUAAUUAAAACCGUUACAACCACGGAGCCCAUUGUGAAGACUGUCGUAACGCGAAUAAGUUCCGAAGGAGCCGAUGGCGCUAAAAGCAAAAUCCCAGUACUGAGUGGCGAGUCGUCUUUACUAAGUGAGAACAACGUAGCGAGUGAAAUCGACCUGCAAGGCACACCAAAAAGCAAAAUUCCAGUCCUUAAAACCGAAAGCAUUAUUAUAAGCUCGCCCGACAGCAUUCGCACCGAGAAAUCCGUUUCUCCAAAUACGACCCGAGUGGUAGAAACCACAACCACAACGAUCAUUUCUCCGAUAUCGCGAACAGUUGUUACAGCUGAUUCCGAUUCCGAAGACGAUUCCCGACAGACGUCUCCUCCUCUGAAAGGAAUUCUUAAGAAAGCGGCCAAUCAACAGCAUCCGCUUUCCGGCAAUCCGAUUGGCAGUUCGAGCGGGUCUGAUAUAGCUCUUCAUGAGGAAGGAGCCGAGCUGAGUUCGGACUCUGAGGAUUUUUACCACCAAGAGCCGCAAUACACUGAGACCACCAUAGAAGAAGUUGAUCCAGUUACUGGAGCAAAAAUCACUAGAACAAUCAGAACUCUCGUUAGUCAUUCCAUAGUGUCGCCGAACGAGUCGGAGCUUCGUCAAACCAUGCAAAAUGUCCUGGACCAAUUUAUGUCUGAAGAGCGCAAUCCGCGUUAAAGCGUGGCAAUUUUUUUCUGAAGGUUUUUCAACAUGAAAGUUUAAUGUUAAUUGUCGCAGUAUUUUCCUACCGGUGAUUUUUACACUUUACGUUCUCUUGAUUGUUUUAAUGUUAAAUUGUGGUUUCAAAUUUAAUUUUUGUACAAAAAUGCAUUUUUAUUUAUAUUAAUUGAUAGACAUUUUCAUUUUCCGUUCAUACGAAAUGAAAUUGUUGAUAGUUUUAAUAUUCGAAUUAGAAACACAUUGAAUGCCAAUUGUAGAAAUUUGAAACAUUAUAAAUGAACUUAUAGGGAGAACUUAAAAUAAAUGAGUUUAACUAGAAUAAGACAGAAAUAAUGCCCUUUUCUACACAUUUAAACCUACUUCUAGAGACUAUAGUGCCUGAACUUUUCCUUGAAAUCGCUCUUUUCAAGAGAAAGUUUAUCUUUACAUUAUUAUUGAGUCAAUUGGGCCAAAUAUAUAUUCAUGAUGUUCGACGUUCCGAUGGAAAUGCUUGUGCUAAGCUAAUGUUAAAAUAUAUUUGACCCAUCGGUGAUUGUUAUUUAUUGCAAAAUAACAUUCCGUACUAAUUAAUAAAAAUUUCAAAUUCAACUGUUAUUCUUCAAUAAAUUAACAAAACAUCGCAGGUGCUGAAAUGGUACUAAAAACUGUUUUGUCCCAGACAGACACAUUGUGAAUUUUAUUAUAAGAAUUUUAAUAUAUAUUUAUUAUGGUAUACAUAAAAUGCUUUUAAACGAUGGACUAAAGUUAUUGAACUUGUAGAAAUGGUUGCUUAAUCUUAAUAUAUGAGAACUUGUUUUCGGAAAUAAAUGUGUGGUGUACAGAU